UGUCAAAAUGUAAGAACAUUUCCCAAAUAAAUAUAGUUGAAAGAGGGAAAUUGGGCAUAAAAUCGAAAUCCACACUUAACCAACGACGACGAAGAGUGCAGAGCUGCAAAAUCUUCUCGUCCUCCGGAUCACCUAUUCAUUGCAUUCCGCGAGAUGCUGAUAUGCAGAGUUUGAAUUAAGAAAAGGAAGAGUCCCAUUUCUCCUUUUUUAAGGUGGAGAAGAUCUAAACACUGAGAUAUAACAGGAAUCAUAAGAGAUGUUUUCCCUGUUUUAUGGACUUUGGAAAUAUCUUGUCAGCAAGACUGAGUUUCAUGUACUGAUUCUUGGAAUCGACAAGGCUGGAAAAACAACAUUACUGGAGAAAUUGAAGACACAAUAUUCAAGUUUAGAAGGCCUUCCCCCUGAUCGAAUUGUUCCUACUGUUGGGCUCAAUAUUGGUCGAAUAGAAACUUCAAAUACAAAACUUGUCUUUUGGGACCUUGGAGGUCAGUCUGGUCUUCGCUCAAUUUGGGAGAAAUAUUAUGAAGAGGCACAUGCUGUUAUCUUUGUAGUUGAUGCUUCUUGUCCAUCACGUUUUGAAGAUUCCAAAUCUGCCCUUGAAAAGGUGCUUAGGCAUGAAGAUCUGCAAGGUGCCCCUCUUCUAAUACUAGCCAAUAAGCAGGAUCUUGCUGAUGCUGUAUCAGCAGAAGAACUUGCUCAGUAUUUGGACCUGAAGAAAUUAGAUGAAAGAGCUUAUACAUUUGAAGCUGUUUCAGGCUACGAUGGGACUGGAAUAACGGAAACUGUGAACUGGCUAGUAGAUGUUAUGGAAAGAAGUAAGCGGACUGAGAUGUUGAGAGUUCGUGCAGGUGUUGCAAACAGCAGUGGUGCUUAGACAAGUUAUACUUUUUUUAACUUUAAAAUUUAUGAAAUGAUUUAUUUUGUGUAAAAAAGAAGUGAUAACUUUGUUAGAAUAGUGAUAUUUUGGGGGAAAAAAAAAACUAGAAAUGAUUUGAAUCAAAAAGAUAAUAGGUUUGAAUCUUUAAUAUUAAAAGUGGAGUUUUGUUUGGGAUGGAGACUCUCCAUAAACUUG